AUCAUUACAAGCGCUAGUGAGCUGCCUCUAUGGCUCUUGUUACACACACUACAACGCCCAUGUACUGGUACAGACUUGUGGGCAGUGGCCAGCGGGGCUCAAGAGGCAGCUGCCUUGGGCCCACCAUGAGCAACUGGGCCCAGGGCAACUGCCCUUUUGCCCUGCGUUAAAGACAGUCCUGGUGACAUCACAGCUAACUUAAGUCAGGUUGUCGUCUUAGGAUCAAGAUGUUGAUUCAGCUGAUGUUGCUGCAGAUACUAGUACCCUUGGCUCUUACAGAAGACACCUCCUUUUGCAAAGACACAUCUGUGUCAUCAAAGAAAGAGAAGAUCCUGAAUCUACUGUCCUGCUGGGGAGAUGAUAAGAAAUCUACAUAUAAGAUUGAUAAUUACAGUGAGAGCCGUGAACAUGCUAUCAAAUAUAGAAGCUGUAAAGAGAUCCGAGAUGCCUUUAAUGAUGUCAAAGAUGGAAUCUAUACUUUGACCACAAAAAAUGGAAUGACCUACCAGACGUUCUGUGACAUGACAACUAAUGGUGGAGGUUGGACUUUAGUGGCAAGCAUUCAUGAGAAUAAUAUACAUGGUAAAUGUACUUUGGGAGAUCGCUGGACAAGUCAACAAGGGAAUAAUGCAAACAAUCCAAAGGGUGAGGGUAACUGGGAUAAUUACGCUACGUUUGGGACACCAGAAGGAGCCACAAGUGAUGAUUACAAGAACCCUGGAUAUUAUGACAUCUUCACCAAAGAUGUGAGUGUCUGGCAUGUGCCUAAUGAUACCCCACUAGAGUUAUGGAGGCACUCAUCAUUACAGAGGUAUCGGACAGACACUGGCUUCCUAGAGCAUGAAGGUGGAAACUUAUUCUUUUUAUACAAGAAAUACCCAGUAACAUUCAAAGCAGGGACCUGUUUACAACAUAAUGGACCAGCUAUUCCCAUAGUAUAUGACUAUGGAUAUGCCGAAAAGACAGCCAAGUUUUACUCACCCAAUGGAAGAGCGCAAUUUAUUGCUGGCUUCAUUCAAUUCCGUGCCAUCAACAACGAGGGGGCUGCCCUGGCGCUCUGCCCUGGAAUGAAGGUGACCGGCUGUGAUGCAGAACAACAUUGUAUUGGAGGGGGAGGAUAUGUAGGCGAGGGGCUCACCAGACAAUGCGGAGACUUCACUUCUUAUGACUGGGAUGGAUAUGGCACACAUACCGGAUGGAGUUCCAGCAAAGAAAUAACAGACGCGGCCGUCCUGGUCUUCUACCGUUAGUCAUCUAAAGAUUACUGCCCAAGCUCGUAGUCAUGUGUGUAUUAUCUUAUCACUAUCUAUGUCUGGGGCUUGUUCGAUCUUUUAAUGUCUGUAUUAAAGGUUAUAUUUUAGGGCCUUGUCUUCGCUCAGUGAUAGUUGUUAGAGCUCAUAGUGGUUGUAGUCUUCUCUGAACAGGCUUAUAUCCACCGGGUGCAGAGGACAUAUAUCCUAUCAGUGGUGAGCAGCAGGGGCAAUAUUCGAAUUUGCAAUAUUUUGUAGAAUAUUAGUCAUAUAUUCGCGGAAUCAAGGAUUCAAGAUUAUUUUCUUGAUUGUGAAAAUCGGCUACGUAAUAUUUGCGUAAAGCGCGCGCAGUACAGGCGUGGGUCACUUUUGCUACAUUUUCCAAGCUGCUAGAAGUUUCCUGAGACUGGAGACAAUGGUUGGCACGGCAGAACAUUACAAUAGCUUUAUAUGCAGUUAGAGUGCUCCGAUA